CUCUUAAAGCACUUAGUAGAGGGCUCUUCAACUUUUCGAAAUUGACUGACUUGAUUUUAUCUAAAUUUUGAAGGUUUUGUUUUACUUUCUCAUAAAAUGUAUGCAUAUACGAUGAUGUCUUGCAGAUUGCCCGAGGAUUUCGCGUUUUCCGUUCAUCACGAAUGCGCCUGGGGUUGCCGCGGCGCUUUUCUGCCCGCUCGUUACAAUAGCUCGCGCGCGAAGUGCAUCAAGUGCGCGUACUGCGGCCUAUUUUUCUCGCCUAACAAGUUCAUCUUCCACUCGCACCGUAUGGGCCCGUCGGAUAAGUAUGUGCAGCCGGACGCGGCGAAUUUCAACUCGUGGCGCCGGCACAUGAAGCUGUCCGGCAGUCCGCCGGACGAAGUGGUGCACGCUUGGGAGGACGUCAAGGCGAUGUUCAACGGCGGCACCAGGAAACGCCUGUUGGGCAACUCGAACGGUUCCCGGGAGUCGCCGAGUCCGGCGAAGCAGCCGAGAUCGUCGCCGAACAGCACCGCGCAGAUUCCCGCUCUGGUGCCGACACCGACGCAUCCUCGCGUACCGCCGUUCCCGGAACUACCCUUGCCGCUGUCCCGCAGUCUCGUCAUGGACUACGUGUGGCAUCAGCAUCAGCAGGCAGCAGCGGUCGCCGCGGCUAAAACACCCGGCCCAUUCGCAUUUCCGUCCUACGCCCUGCCCUGGUUGGCCAAGCGAAGUCCUGUCCUGUUCCCUGGACCGCUACCACCGCCCAUUAGCGGUUCCAGCCCCACGGAACCUCUGAUUCCAACUGUCAAUCCACCUUUGCAUCAGUCCGCGUUCCGUCCGGUGAUUCGCGGACCGCCCAUCGUCGAGCCGGCGGUCAUCCCGGAGCGACCGGCGGAUAUCAGCCAGAAGGAGGACAAUUCGGACGAUGAAGUCGACAUCGAGACGACGGAAGAUGAUCCAGUAACACCACUGAACGCGAGUCUUCAGAAUCUUCACUCGGCCUCGAAUUCCGCGAUGAGCAGCCACAGCGGACGAAGUACAUCACCGCAGUGCUGGAGUCCUCCUCGAGAAACGGAGCGGGAGGCUGAAAAGAUCGCCGAGGAAGCUGCGGCUCUGCGCGAUGUGAAGACGGAAUUGACGCCGGCGAGAAGUCCCGAGAGCUGGCACGGCAGUGCUUACUAUCGACAUCUCAAUGUUUUGAAGGGGAACGAGCCGGCCGCGGAAAGGGCGGGCUCCGAUUGCUCGGCUUGCCGUCCUCCACGCGGUAUAUUUUACGGCCAAGUCCACAGUCCGUCCGCGCCGACCAAUUAAUCGAGCUGGCUGGCUGAAUUAAUCGACACGCAGGAGCAGCGGCGUACGAAGAGGAGGACACAUUUAACCCGAACCGUUCCGUAAGCUUGCGACACAUCCGUUGCCUUAAAGCACACUCUCGUCGAUCUCCAUAUCCUCGAACUUAAGGAUCGAGGCGCAAAAAUGAUCUAAUGCCUUCUCAAGGACUUGAGGAAUUUUAAAGCUGAAAUUAGAUUAAUUAAAUUAAAGACUAGACUCAUAUUAACGCAUCACAGCAUAAUUGAUUUGUGUAAAUUGAAUUUUCAGUCGAUACUAAUUUAAACU